AUGGCCGACCACGUUGCCCCGGCGCCGCCCAGUCCGCAGCCAAGCCCGGUGCGGUCGUCGCACAGCCCGAAUCGUAGCCCGACACACAGCCCCAAGCGCAGCCCGACACACAGCCCCAAGCGCAGCCCGACAAAGGAAACUCAAGCCCCCCCGGGGGGGCCCCCCAAAGGGUUUUGGGACGAGUGGCAGCACCGCAUUGGCACGGCGUCCCUCGCACUCUCGCUCUUGAUGCAGCUGUCGUAUGUGGCGUUUCCAGCCUACAACUUUGCACUUGCGAUCUGGGCGACUGUCCACCCUUUCUCGCACCACAAGCAUAAUUCGCGCGGGACCGUCUUGUACGUCUCGGUGCUUUGCCUCUCGUGUGCGACCGACAUUGUCUGGAGCGUGCUCUGGAUUUCGGGCCAAGCCUUCCAGAAUCUGAUUUGCCAGCCCAAUAGCAUUGGCAUUCUCCACUGCGACGGUCUGGGGAGCUUCCCCGGGUGCGGCACCAACCGGUUCGCUGCCGUCAUGUUCUUUGCCAACAUUGUGCUCAAAGCCAUCACGGCCGUGUGUGUGUGGAAGGUCGUCACCGUUGAAACCCCGACGUUAGAAGCACUCGAACAGCCGCGCCACGCACUGCCUGCAGGCGCUCAUGUCGUCGACGCCCCCUCCGAGCCCAAGUAGACGUUGCGGCAGUCCAACAUGCUACUCAAAUACGUAUAUAUCCGUCUACAGCUUGAAUCGUCGGUGAUUAUAACAAAAAAGUACGAGCGAAUGAC